GCGGUGGCGGAGCGGCGUUCGUUGCGCAGCGCGCAUGCGCCCUGGGCUUCUUUGGCAGCAGGGGCCGCCUCGCGGCCGUACCGGGCGGGAUGGAGACAGAGGAGGACGACUUCGUGCUGGCGCUCCAGCUCCAGGAGCUGUGGGAAGCGCAGGAUAAGGCAGCGGCGGAGGAGGCAGCGGCGGCGGCAGCGUGCCCUGAAGCCUCGCCCGACCCCUCGCCCCUCCGCCCGCUGUCGGUGGUGGACGAGGCCUGGGAGCUGCUGGACCCCAGCCCCGACGUGCACGGCCUCUUCGUGCAGUUCAACGAGACGCUCUUCUGGGGGCGCCUGGCGGCCGUCGAGGUGUCGUGGAGCCCACGAAUGACCCUGUGUGCUGGAGUGUGUAGAUAUGAAGGAAAAGGUGGAAUGUGUUCCAUUCGUCUAAGUGAGCCGCUCCUAAAGUUAAGACCAAGGAAGGAUCUCGUUGAGACACUGUUGCAUGAAAUGAUCCAUGCCCUGCUUUUUGUUACUAAUAAUGACAAAGAUCGUGAAUCUCAUGGACCAGAGUUCCGCAAACACAUGCGUCGCAUUAAUCGCUUGACUGGAGCCAAUGUCACAAUUUAUCAUACUUUUCAUGAUGAGGUGGAUUUGUACCGCCAGCACUGGUGGCGAUGCAAUGGCCCCUGUCAAAACAGGAAACCUUACUUUGGAUACGUGAAACGUUCAAUGAAUAGAGCACCCUCUGCACGAGACUUCUGGUGGGUUGAGCAUCAAGAGACAUGUGGCGGUACAUUCACAAAAGUGAAGGAGCCAGAGAACUUUUCUAAGAAAUCCAAGGAGAAAACCCAGCCAGCAAAACUUCCAAAUUCGGAGUUAACUAACAAAGUCAAGACACAAACGCGUGAUAUGCAAGAUCUGGUGCCUUUCAGUGGGAAGGGUUAUCGGCUUGGAGGAGGAGACAGUGGACUCUCAGAAAAAAGCACAAAUUCCAGCAGCAGCGUUAGAAACAGUGAAACACCUGGCUCACAGUAUCAUUCAACACUAAAGACAAUACCAAUCCCUAAAAAUGAGAUAAAAUUUGAAAAAUCACCCCGUAGUGGCAUCUUCUUUCCACUUUACACUGAUGAUGCCAGUGAGAAAAUGAACUUGGCUUCAAAGCGCGAGUUUCCUAAACUCUCUGUUGCUGAUACAAAAGCUUACCAGUGUGUUAAUGGAUCACCUGUUAAAAUUGCUCGUGUUACGGAAGAAAAAUCAAACCAAGGUUCUGCAAAUGGCAAGAGAGUUACGCCGCUUUGUAACAGGCCACCGAAACAAAUUGGUUCUGAGCCGACAACAGCAGCUCAGGUUGCUUCUGAGAAAAAAAGCUCAGAAUGUACUAAUACACGGCACCAGUGGCCAAAAGUGGAAGACAAAACUGCCUUUGAAAACUAUUUCAUUAAAAAAGGGCAUACUGAGGUCCCUUUAAGUAUCAAGACACCUGUGAAAACCCAAGCUGAAUCUACAGUGUCCUCUGCAAGUUCCAGCACUGCUGUAAGGCAGGAUAAAAAAGUCAGUUGUCCUGUUUGCCAGACCGAGGUUUUGGAGUCUAAAAUAAAUGAACACCUUGAUUCUUGUCUUGGAUAAAACCUUUCAGAAAGCUGUUUCAAAAAGAUAAACCAGGGCUGAAAGCACUGCUUGAAGACUGACUUUGCUUCAGGGUUUGCUUAGCUGUGGUUGUUCCUCUGUGUCUGUUCUGAACUGGAAUUUAAACUACUGUCAGCUUGCUGAGCAACGCGUUUUGCCGAGUUGCACAUCAGCGCUGGCUGGGAAACUGGCUGCUACUUGUGUUCCAAAGAAUCGGAUGCUCAGGUUUUAGUAGUUGGACGUUUGUGCCAACGUUCUUGCUGCAGAAUCUGGGUAAUACAGCGGAAGGUGGAUACUUGCCAAACGGCGUAUUUUUGAGGCAGUUUUUAAAAUGUAAGACAUUUUUAAUCCUGCUGAUUUGUCUUUGUUCUUAAGACCCCUUCAUGGUGGUGGUUGGGUUUUAAGUGUUUUUGGCCAUUCUUAAAGUUAACCACCUCUAAUAGAUAGGAAUUCUUCUGUUUACUGCAAUGUAAUCAAGUGGCAUGUAUUUUUAGAAUAGUAAGUAUUUUGCAUAAGCCACAGUUAGAAUUUCAGGCGGUCCUUCUCACCCCUGACCUUUUUGAAAAGAUAGAUGAGAGUGAGAAUCUCAAAUACAGGCUUUUGUCAAGGAUGGGAGAGGCACAGGCAUCAAAACCCGCAAAGCAUCCGUUUGGGUUUAGUGAGUGGAUUGCAGCAGGAAGAGAAGAUCCAGAAGUGCGAUGAAGGUGCUAGGAAGUCAAGCAGAAAAUAUUUGGUAGAUGAGGAGAACACCCUAUGUUUAAGGGCUCAAAAAAAUAAAUCAUUUUGAGGAGCUUGUUUUCAAAAAGGAUUUAGAAGUUAGCUAAUCUGUUAGAAAUGGGAGUGGUCAAAUGGAAGCUAAUAAACUUCAGUCAUGUCUGUGUCUUAAGGUCCAGAAUCCCAGCUAGACUCUCCGCCCACUUCUCCUGAUGAUUUGCACAAACUCUGCGUUGUAAGUUUACUAGUCUUUAGGAUAUGGGUUUUCAUGUGAGAGUAACUGACCCCCAUAUGCUGAUACUAGUAAGUGGAAGUUGUGAGGAAUACUGGCAGUGGUCCGGUCAAGACUGUUCCUGGCCAUGUCAUAAAAGCCUUCAUGAUUUUUUCAGAUUUCCAGUGCUUUACAGGCCAAAAUGGCAUUGGAUGGACACUGGCUGACAGUCUUUGUGUUGCAUCUUCUGGAAGCCAGCCAGCUUGGUGGUUGGUAUCCAGCAGGCCAGCCAGUUGGGCGCUAAACCCAUUGUGCUGUGGAAUGUUACCAAUGCUGAGAGGAUGUGUUUUCUAUAGAAACUUUCCAAAAUGUUAGCAGUUCUCUUGCUGCACUGGAAGUAGCUAACUGGUUAAACAGUUAACAGCUUGAUUCCUUACUUGUAAAACUGUUUAUAAAUAUUUUUGUGUGUAAAAAAAAAAAAUAAAUAAAUUAUGCUGAUUCAUAUAUUGCUGCUACAACUUCAAAUGGCUAUAUUAGCCUCGGAUGCACGUAUGUUUGCCUUAUUAUAUAACUAAUUACUUGCUGCUCCCUUUUGAAAUUGGGAAAUAAACUGAUGUGCAAAGGAAUCUGGCAAAUGAUACCUUUGCUCUCUUUAAACAUUGGUGUAUUUUUUUAUCUACUGAUGCUACAGAUGUUUAAUGUGUAUUGGUUUGUUCUUGCAUAUUCUGAAUAAAUUGGUACUGAUUUUUAGAUUUUCA